AGCAUCCUUAACGCUCCGUAACACCUCUGUUAUUUCCACACAACAAACCCACCGCCCUGUUUUGGUUUCUAAGGCACCACCGAUGAAACGAAAAAUCAAACCCACCGAUGAGAAACCAACUAAAACAUCAAGAUGACGACAAAGAGAAAGGCUUUAUCUUCUAAUCUCUUCUUUAACAAGGUGCCGACGAAGACGAAGAGAAAGGGCGUAGAGCAUCUUAUCCCAUCUUAUGAACAAGUCAAGAGAAUUAGGAUCAGAGGACAAUGAAUCCCGAACUGGAUGCAAGAAAUUAGCAGACUUGAUCUCCAAACUUGAUGCAAAAAAUUAGCAGACUUUAUCUGUUUGUAAUAUAGAUGGGACGAAUACUAAUGGAGAUGAAUUAUAUGCUGGCGUAUGGGUCUGCAGAAAAAUCAUUAAGACAACUGUGGAAGUUUGGAAUUUUAGAAAUUUUUCUACCACUGCAAGCUGCUUACUUUGUUUCCUAAGGUUUUAAAAGGCGUGAUAAGAGGUCUAACAUGCUUCUGACUAUGUUUUCCUGCCUGGAUAAACUUUUGGCACCUGAUCGGCCUUGCCACUGUUGUUUAUGCGUUCCACAAAGCCUUGUCGGAUAGACCUCGGGAUCCAUUGGUGGUAGCUGCUUUCAGUAUUAUUUUACACACUGGUGGGUCAUCUUCUGAUGCAUUAGGCAUAGUGAAGAAGAUCUCACAAUCACACGAUCCAAGGUUUCCUGAGUUGUCUGUAGAUCUCAAUCUAAGCUCAGAUGAGGAACUAACUAUUGAAUGAGGUCAUGGAUCUAUCAGUUGAUGUGAAAUGUACGCUACACAAGAUGUCAGAUGAACGGGUUGUUUCUAGAGCACUAAUUAAGUAUCCACAAUCACCCUGGUCCAGUAUGGACACUACACACUAUGUUGAAAACCAAGUGCAAACUGUGGGAGAAAGUGUGAAGUUUUGUUCAGAAAUGAUGCAUGAUUUGCAUCCUGUUAGUGUUGCUGCUGCCAACUUCUAUGUGAAUCCUUAUGCUCACCUCGAGAUUGAGAAAAAGGUAUAUGGGAAAAAGGAAAACUGCACACGUAUUAGAUGUGAAUAUCACAGACGAUGAUCAAGACAUGUGAGUAGAAAACAUGAGGGUCAAGCUUCCUCAUUUAAUUAGGUCCGUGCGAUGAACGUGUCAAAUUGUCACAUGGGUUUCAGAUCCAAUGCAUGGCAACACCAUUAAAGCUCCAUGCCUUCUUGAGACUCGAUCCUUUGAUGCUAUCAGGGAGGAAGUGAGAGCAUUCUUCUAUGUUCAUGAGCAAGAAGGAAGCAACCCAAAUGGGGUGCACUUAGAGAUGACAGGGCAGAACGUGACAGAGUGCUUCGGUGGUGGUGGAUCACGGACCGUGACAUUUGAUGAUCUGAGUUCUCGCUACCACACACACUGUGACCCCCGGCUGAAUGCCUCUCAGUCACUGGAGCUUGCCUUCAUCAUACAUGAGUGCUUAAGAAAGAGGAGAAACGGAAGCACACAUUAGUUAUGCUUUUAAGGGAAGCGCCAAGGCAGCAGUAAUCUGCCGCCCUUCAUUUUCUUUUUCUUUUUCCUUUAAAUAAUUAUUAUUACUCUGUAUUAAUUAAUAUCUUAUGUUUAGUUAUGUUCUGGUACAAUACUAAAUUAGUACGAAAUAUAUGUGCAUACCGGAAAGGAUGUGUGUUGUAUGAGAGUUCUGGUUUGUAUGUUAUGAUGAGUAAAUAAAAUUUCCAAUUUCUGCAAUAAAAAAAGACUUCGACACACUGUUUC